AUGGAGAACAAUCAUCAUUCGCGCAAGCGCAAGCACACCCAUGAGCAUAAAAGUAGACAAGGGGAGUCGGGAAAACAUCACAAGCAUGUUCAUCACACUACCGCACAUGAAAGACACGCUCGAGGCCAUUUUCUGGAAAGGUUGGAGGAAAACAGGCAACCGCUUGCAAUUAGAGAUACAAAUGAAUUAUCCGGGGAUGCUAAUUAUGUUCGUAGCUGGCUUGCGAAAACUCAAGAUGAGGAUGCUGUCGAGCCACCAAAACAAUCCAACCCCAGAACAGAUCACCUGGAAGAGAGAGCCAGCUACUCGGAGUAUAUCCACGCAGCACGUAGACUUGAAGAGGACAAGGGCGAUACCACAAUAUCGAAGGCAAAGCCCAACCAAGAGCGUGCAUCCUCCGAUAGUUCUUUACUCGAGGUUUCAACCGCACCAGUUGUAUUAGAAAGAACCAAACCCUUUCGAAAGUCCCGCGUCUCCAGUCACCUUGGUGAAAAUUCAACACAAUCCCACAAGCACCGGAAGGAUGCACCGUCAACUAUGACUUCUAGUUCCUCACAAUCCUCGGUGGUGCAACCAAAACAAGAAACAUUUGAAAAAAGGGCACGCCACAAGACAAGAGAGGAUCGUUAUGAUACGAAACAGAGAAGUAGAAAGGCAGAAGUUGUCGAGAAACCAAUAAAAAUGAGGCGCGAGAAGAAAGGAGACCGAAAGAGGGCGGCAAGGAAGGCCAGUGAGGACCUAAUGAACAAUUUUGCAUCGAACAAAUUAGGACAAGAUCGUCUAACGCGCCCAUCUAAUGGACCUGGUAUCUUCCAAAAUGGUAGAGCUUCUUCCCCGCCCAGACGACGAGGGUUGCCUGACCUCGCUUUCUCGGAAAUGGAAUUUCUUCAGCGCUCUGGCAAGAAGUCUCAUAUCGACAAUACCAUUGUUGUCCCUAAGAGCCGUGCCAACGAAAAGAGAAAAGCUACUCGAGAGCAAGAUGAGAUAGCAACUUUCUUUAAACCAUCCAAGACGCCGAUACGGGACAGUAGUUUAACUCUCGAGCAUCCCACUUCUCCAACUUCAAUACAUGAGACCUCUCUCCACGAAAGGCAACUGAGGAGAAAUCGCGAGCAUGAUCGACAUCGGUAUUACGCGGAGAAUUUGAUAUCUCGUAUUAGUAAGAUAGAAAGUCAUUUGGCAGAGUCUCGCGGCCAGCAACUUCAACCCAAUCAAGUUCAGUUCCCUCGAGAGCCCACUCCACAACUACAUUCCGAGGAAGUCGGAAACCGCAACAUAUACUCGGAGACUGCUGACACAAUUGUGACAUGGUCAGAGUCCCAACAUUCUCCUGUAGCCACUGGAGCCUUACGCCGAGCAAGGGAAGCAUAUUGCCAAAGGCAAAACAGCGCGACGCCAGACUCGGUACGAAGCUCUAUCGAAAGAACCGGGAUAUUCAAGGAUACAGGCAUUAAGAGUUCAAGUCGACGAAAGUCUCAUGUGCAGGAGGCGAUAAGCAAGGAAUUGGACGGGGCCGGAGAAAAUCGCAGCGUGUAUACAACUGGUGGCCCAGCGGAGACUAACAGAGAGUCAUCUAGAUUAAGCACAGAUUCUGUUAAGAAUCCCCAGCAACAAAACCAUUUGCCUCAAGCUCCAAUACAUAUACAAAAAGAAACAGAAGAACUCGUUUCUAAGAGAAGAUCUCCAGAUCCAUUAGAAAUCUACGAUGACGGAUGCCGCAGAGUUGUCGUUGAGUAUUAUGAUCCAAAUCGUGGGUGGUAUCGAGAGGAAGAUUCUAAAUCGCCUUCCAAACCACCCAAACAUUCUAUGGAACCAGCGGUCGCACCCAUAUCGGCAUCACUUACGCGUCAGCAAAUGGCACUUAAUGCUCGAAUCAAACGCCCAUCAACUACCCUUCCAGUAAUCCGGGAAGCUAGCAACGAAAGUCGAGAAAAUUCGCCCUUGUCGAAUUCCGGCAUUCCAGGAGAAGCAAUUCAGCGAACAGAAUCUGCUCCUGUUCGGUCGUCGAGUGUAAAGGGAGAUAUGAACGGACAGAUUCCAAUGUCUCAUGCUAAUGGUGAUGAGAGGCUGGAGCAAAUCAUACUCGGAUCACCAAUUCCCGAGUCAACAUCUUCACAAAUAGGCCAGUACCUUCGGCAUAACCAACAACAUCAUUGGCAUCAACAAACAGAAAGCACCAUUAAUAUCAUCAGAAAUGGGAUCACCCAGAGUGAGAUGUCAAACGAAACGGAGAAGCAGCCACUCUUGACGAGGACAGCAUAUCUGAAUGACAGAGCUCGCACACCUUUAGCAAGAAUCUCACACAAUUCUCCAAACAGGGAGCAUUUUCAAUUCCAUACUCGAUCUCCAUUUAGGCGAGGACUCCGAAGCUACCAUGAGCAGCCAAGGCAGCAUAUCGCAUCUACCCCACGUUCGCCCCUCAUUCGACUCCCGUCGCUUUAUGUUCAACAACUAGAGCACGAGCAAGAGCAAGAUCAAAUAGCAAACGGUCUUUCCAUUGAAAACGUUGAAGAAUGCGGAGCAUCGGAAGUGCAAGGAUCAGACUUCAACACGGAACCACAUGAGGAAUAUUGGGACGAUGCAGCAACAGAACAAAAGAUGUCUCACGGAGUGGAUGAUGCUCUUGAGAAUCGCCGUUAUGUCGGCGAUCUCGGUGAGCUCGGACAUCGGGAGGCAAAUAUGUACAACAUUUCACUUCCAGGGCCCGAGACGAUGGGACUCCGCUACGAAAAUUCGGGGCUCGAUUUUCAAUACGAUGGCUAUCCAUCUCAAGAUGUUCGAGAUGAAUAUAACCAUUGGGACAGUGGCAAUCAUUAUAUCCAGGAACCUUAUAUCGAGAACCACCAAGACUCACAGCAACAAUCUGGAAUGCACUACCAUGGCAAUCAAUUAGUCCAACCUUUGUUUCCUGAAUACCGGGAAUUAGAUGAAGGCCAGGACGGUAACGCUUCGGAAACGAUCUUAAUGCAAAGAUUUUGGCGACCAAACCCACAAUAUUGA